UGAUGGUCAAGAGAAUCGGAGAAUCGUCGUACUAAAUAUGAAAAAUAUUUGGAACAGCGACACGCAAACGUCAACAAAUCGUCGCCACAUCGUCACGCUGUAAAUCCAACCACAUCUAUUAAUUUCUUAAACAUCGAUGGACAAUAAUGGCGCAUUAAUUACAAAUACAUAAAUACAACAAAAAAUAGAACGGAUUGUCGAACUCUUGCCGACUUUAACUGACGUGGACCUACUGGUCGUUGUUGUUAUUAUUGUUAUUUAAGUACUGAUACUGAUUAGAGCAGCUGUGGGCAUCAAGAUGUCUGCACGUCGUCGAGGUCAAACGAAAGAUGGCUAUGAGCUCGUCGAGACGACAUCUGAGUCAGGGCAUAAGGAGGAGAAGCCCGAUAUACGUGGCGAUAGACGCAACAUUGCCAUCCUUCUGUUCCUCUACAUACUGCAGGGCAUACCCAUUGGUCUGAUCGCAGCUGUUCCCAUGCUGCUGCAGAAUCGUGGGGCCAGCUACAAACAGCAAGCGGAAUUCUCGUUUGCCUAUUGGCCUUUUAGCAUCAAGUUGCUGUGGGCGCCAAUUGUGGACUCGUUGUAUGUAAGACGCUUUGGACGACGCAAGUCGUGGCUGGUGCCGGUGCAGUAUCUGUUGGGCGCCUUUAUGCUGCUGCUAUCGGCUCAUGUGGAUCGCUGGCUGGGCGGCGAUGGUUUGGAUCCGAAUGUGCCGUUGCUUACGCUGAUCUUCUUUCUGCUGAACUUUCUGGCCGCCACGCAAGACAUCGCUGUCGAUGGCUGGGCACUGACGAUGCUGAAGCGUUGCAACGUCGGCUACGCUUCCACAUGCAACAGUGUGGGCCAAACGGCUGGCUACUUUUUUGGCUAUGUGGUGUUCAUUGCGCUCGAGUCGAAGGACUUUUGCAACUCCUAUUUGCGUAGUGUGCCCGAGGAUGUGGGCAUGAUAACGUUACCACGUUUCCUCUGGUUCUGGGGCAUCGUGUUCAUUGUGGCCACAACAUUGGUAGCAGUCUUCAAGCGUGAGAAUGACAUUGAGGAUGCGCACACGGAGGCCCGUUACCAGGUGGAGCACGAGUUGAACAUCCACGAGAGCUACAAGGUGCUGUGGGACAUGGUGCGCAAGCGACCCGUGCAGAUCCUUGCCGGCAUUCUGCUUACAGUCAAAGUAACAUUUGCCGCCUCCGAUGCGGUCACUUCGUUGAAGCUUAUCGAUGCUGGCGUACCCAAGGAGAAACUGGCCCUGCUAGCAAUUCCCAUCAUUCCACUGCAACUCAUAUUGCCCAUUCUUGUGGGCAAAUACACAAAUGGACCGCGUCCCAUGGAUGUCUAUUUGAAAGCGAUACCCUAUCGCAUUGCUCUGGCUUCCCUCGGCACAAUGAUCGCCUAUGCGACGCCAUAUAUUAUCUCUGGUGGCGAGGUGCCUUUGUAUUACUAUGUGAUGCUCAUCAUCAGCUAUGGCUGCUAUCAGGUAUUCCUCUACUCUAUGUUUGUGGCCGCCAUGGCAUUCUUUGCCAAGAUCUCGGAUCCCGCUGUCGGUGGCACUUACAUGACAUUCCUCAACACACUGUGCAAUCUCGGUGGCAAUUGGCCCAACACGGUGGUGCUCUGGCUGGUAGAUGUGCUAACGCUGAAGCAGUGCACCACGCAGCCGGACAAUCUCUGCGUCAACAAGGAAGGACAACAGGAAUGUUUGUCUGCUGCUGGCAAGUGUGAGAUCACCUUUGAUGGCUACUACAUGGAGGCGAUGGUGUGCGUCGUCUAUGGCAUCAUUUGGCUGCUGGUCGUCCGCAAAUGGAUCGUCCAUUUGCAGAAUUUGCCAACGCGUGCAUGGAUGGUUGUUAAGCCAUCGGCGGCAAAGGAUAAAUUGCGGUAGCAAUUAAUCGUAUGACCUUCUCCGUUCCGGCGCUAGGCGCACAAGUCAUUGGUACAAUCUAGAGAUCUACAACUACUACUACAGCUAGGAAAUAGAUUAGGAAACUUAUGCAUGUAUAGGUUAGAAAAAUUGGAAUGUCAAAUGUCAAAUAGUCGCAGUCCAAAUCCGCUAUCCCAAUUGUUUUGUAACUUAUUAUAUUCCGUGUGGAAAUAAAAUCAAUAUGUUGAGUAUAGAAA